UUUGUGAUCAAAGAAAUCGAAGAAAUAGAUGUGCUUACAACAUCUGCGUCUCCAUCUAUUCCAUCAACAAAUAGCAACAAUAAUAAUUUAUCUGAAUCGGAAAUAUCGAACAAAGCAAAAGAAAUUGAGCUUUUCAGGGAAAAUAGCUUGGCAAAAAACAAGAGAAAGCAAUCACCUGAAUGCGAAAAGAAUCCAGAACAGCUAUUAACGACUAAAGAUAGUGUAAGGAAAGAGGUCAAGUCGAAAAAAAGACAUAGAACAAACUUCGAUGACUCCAUCAAUGAUCAAAUGGGACGGACUUUAACAUUAUCAUCUUCAUCCGUUCCAGCAACAGAUAUAUUAAAUAUAAAUGAAAACAAUCAUAAUUUAGCUGCAGCCACUUAUUCGGAUCAAGUAGAAA